AUGGCGAAGGCCGAGGCCAAGUCCAAGUCCGACGACAGCGGGAACUCGUGGGAGUACAGGCUCCGCAAGUACCUCCUGCUGCUGGCCAUGCUGGUGGCCACGGUGACGUACGCCGCGGCAUUCAACCCGCCGGGCGGCGUCUGGCAGGACGCUGACCCCGCCCACGACCGCAUCGCCGGCGACCCCAUCAUCCGCGACAUCAACUACGGCCGCUACCUGGCUUUCUUCUACAGCAACGCCACCGCGUUCGCCCUCUCGCUCGUGGUCAUCGUGCUCGUCCUCAUCCUCGCCGUGCUGCACGAGAGGCGCUGCGCCAGCCUGGCGCCGCUCCGCAUCCUCCGCGUCGUCAUGGUGCUGGACCUGCUCAGCCUCAUGGGGGCCUACGCCGCCGGCGCGUUCCGGGACAAGCUCACGGCCAUCUACUCCCUGGUCCUGCUGGCCGGCGUCGUCCUCUACCUCGCGGUCCACAUGGCGCUGGCCUGCCGGACGGGCAGGGCGGACAACAGCAAGGCGGCCCACAUGGCAAUGGCCUCGCAGGAGGACAGCGCAUCCGAGAGGCUCCGCAAGGCGGCCCACAUGGCAAUGGCCUCGCAGGAGGACAGCGCGUCCGAGAGGCUCCGCAAGGCGGUCCACAUGGUGCAGGCCUUGCAGAAGGACAGCGCGCCCGAGAGGCUCCGCAAGGUGCUCAUGGUGCUCGCCACGUUCGCGGUGAGCGUCACGUACGUGGCCGGGCUCAGCGCGCCGGGCGGCUUCCGGGACCGGGCCGAGGGCGACCACCGCCCGGGCGACGCCGUCCUCAAGGGCAGCCGCCACGACGCGCGCCUCAAGGCGUUCUUCGUCUUCAACACCACCGCCUUCGUCGCGUCCCUGCUCAUCAUCAUCAUUCUCCUGGAUAAGAAGCUGACAUUCAGCCCAAAUGUGCGGUCGGGCGAGCUCUAUGUGUUCAUCGCCCUCACGCUCAUCGGCCUCGUCGGGGCAUACUCCGCCGGCAGCUGCCGGCAGGUUGAUACUACCAUCUAUGUCAACUCUCUGAUUGGUGCCGUUAUUGCCUGCAUUCUCCUUCAAGCAGCUGCUAUCAAGUUCUGCAAAGCAGCCAUAAAGAAUCUUUGUAGCUGCGUCAGUGUUAAGCAGCAACAAACUCCAGAUCCAAACACUAGUGAAGUGUCAGGAUGGCUUCGUCGAAUAAAGCAAUUUUGUCUUUGUCAGACCACUCAAGAUCCAAGCACUGGUAAUGACGACGCCAGUGUUCAAGCGCUGGAGAAUGCCCACUCUCUUGUUCUGCUGCUGGCCACUCUCGCAGCGGCCAUCACCUACCAAGCGGGGCUGAACCCGCCGGGCGGGCUCUGGCAGGACGACGGCGACGGCUACAAGGCCGGCGAUCCGAUCCUGUUAACCAUGAGCCCCAGGCGAUACAAGGCCUUCUACUACUGCAACUCGGUCGCCUUCGUGGCGUCCCUGGUGGCCAUUGUCCUGGUCAGGAUGAAGACCUUGCACCACCACAACGCGCUGGAGGCCGCCAUGAUACUGGACCUGUUUGGCCUCAUCGGCGCAUACGCCGCCGGGAGCUGCCGGGAUGUGAGCACUUCCAUCUACGCCGUGGCCUUGGCCGGCGCUGUUCUCGUCUACGUUGUGAUCCAUGUCGUCUUCUUCACGCUGGACCACAACGACGACGGCAGCACGAGGCGGAAUGACGAAGCUUCCGCAGAGAAGGAGAAAAAGGAUGCCGAGUUGGAGAUGGUGAAGAAGCGGCGCAAGCGGCUGCUCCUCUUCGCGAUCUUGGCGGCGACCAUCACUUACCAAGCCGGGCUGACGCCGCCGAGCGGCUUCCUGGUAACCGGGAACCACGCUGGCGAACCCGUCCUGCUCAACAACUACCCACGCCGUUACACGGCGUUCUUCUACUGCAACUCGGUGAGCUUCAUGCUGUCCAUUGCGCUCAUCAUCCUGCUCGUGAACCCAAACCUGUACCGGCCGGCCAUCCAGAGCAACGCGCUCUCCGUUUGCACGGCGGUGGGUAUGAUGGGGAUUAUGGGUGCCUAUGCCGCCGGCAGCACGCAGCAUCGGAAGACAUCCAUCUACAUCUUCGCGUUGGUGGGGUUCGUCCUCUCCGUAGUCAUCUUACUGGUUGUGCUGUUCUUGGUGAUCGAUCCGGACAAGAAGAAGAAAACGGCAGAUCAGUCAACCCAAGAAGGCCGGUCGGCAGAUGAGGCAACCCAGGAAGGCAGGUGUCAGGGCCACUGUAUCUCCAUCAGUGCCUGCUUCUCAAGGAGUGCAGAUGAGGCAACCCAGGAAGACAGGGCUGCUGUCACUGUAAAUCCCAUUGAAGCCGAUCCCGAAGCACAAAAAACCGACGCCCCCAUUAACAUGAAAGCCUCAAGCGGAUAUGAAAAGAAGCUACAUGCCAAGCGCAAGUAUCUGAUGCUGCUUGGAAUCCUGGUGGCGGGCAUCUCCUACCAGGCCGGCCUGGCACCGCCCGGCGGGGUCUGGCAGAGCAACGACGGCGGGUACGAGGCGGGCGACCCGGUGAUGCACGACAACACGAGGCACCGGUACCUUGCCUUCUUCUACAGCAACUCCGCCUCUUUCGUCGCAUCCGUCGUGGUCAUCGUCCUUCUGCUGCCGGGGUCUGUGUCGCUGCAGACCCCGGCACCAGCGUCCCAGAAGUGGUGGAAUGACGACUGGUGGCUCGGCGUGAUGAACUUUACGAUCGUGCUGGACCUCCUCGGCCUCCUCGUCGCCUACGCCGCCGGCUCCAGCCGGUCGUGGAAGACCUCUGGAUAUGUCUCCGCGCUCGUCAUCGCCGUGCUAGCCUAUUUUGUGAUCCAUGUCGUGUUGUCGUGCUUCGUCAGGAUCAGUAAGAGUGAGAAUACUCAGAGUCAGGGCGGCACUUCUCAAACUGGUUGA